AUGUCGAGCUCGGUCGAGAAGUCGGUCAAAGGCGGCACCAAGGUCAAGCUUGCGCCGCCCAAGUCCAAAUAUGUCGAACACAUUCUCCUGGCCACGUCUGGCGGCGAGGCCGGUGUCGCCGAGAUCUUCCGCACAUUGAAAGAGCGUCUACGCGACACGACCUGGACAAUCUGCUUCAAGGCUCUAAUCAUUGUACAUCUGAUGAUCAAAGAAGGAGAGCGCGAUGCAACUCUCAAGUACCUGGCCGCUGCGCCCAAGAACCGUCUGGCCAUCAACAGCUAUACCGAUGUCCAGACACAGGGUCAGAACAUCCGCCGAUACAACAACUACCUCAUCCAGCGCGCAGAGUCUUUCGCCGACACUCACGUUGACCACAUUCGUAACCCUGGUCGCAUGAAGAACCUCUCUAUCGCCAAAGGUCUCUUACGAGAGACCGAAGCAAUUCAAGACCAGAUCAGAGUCUUGAUCAAAUGCGAUCCUCUUGAAAACGAGCCCGAGAACGACAUUUCGCUGAUGGCAUUCCGCUUGCUCACCAAAGAUCUGCUCGACCUGUUCACUGCCAUGAACGAAGCUGUCAUGAACAUCUUGAGCCACUAUUUCGAGCUCUCAAAACCAGACGCCGAACAUGCCAUUGGAAUCUACAAAACCUUCGCAAAGCAGACAGAUCAAGUCGUCCAAUAUCUCAGCAUUGCCAGACAAUACGAACACAUUACCAAGUUGGAAAUCCCCAAGAUCAAGCACGCUCCUACGAGUCUGGCCAACUCACUGCAAGAGUAUAUCGACGAUCACGACUUCGAGACCAACAGACGCCAGUACCUGGCCGAGCAGCAAGCAAAGUCUGGCAAACCAAUCAAGUCCUCGAGAUCAGUUACUUUCGCUGAAGCUGAGCCAAAGCAAGAGAAGGCUGCACCCGCCGCUUCUCAACCACCUUCCAAAGGCCCAGCUCCAGAUCUUAUCGACUUCUUUGGCUCAAUCGAAGAGCAGCAGCAACCCAUGGCUCAGGCUUCUACUCAGCAAUAUGCGCAGCCAACUGGUCAGCCUUUCCCUCAGAUGUACGGUCAACCAACAGCCGAUCCUGGUUUCCAGACAGCUCAGUCGACAAAUCCCUUCGGUGUGCCGCAGAACUCGCAGUUUAUGGCUCCGCCCACUGCUCAACUUCAACCACAAUUCACAGGUGCUGGAUUUGGUGGUUAUGGCCCUCAACCCCAGCAACAAGUGCAGCCACAACAGACCGGCUUCUCCUCAAAUCCUUUCCAAUCCACGGUGCAGCAGCCUUUCCAGAGUCCGCCACCUCAACAACAGCAACCGCAACAAACGUUCAUGUCACAAGAUCCAUUCUCCAUGCAACAGCAGCAGCAAGAUGCUUUUGCUAUGCAACAGCAACAACCACAAAUGCAGUCACCACCACAACCAGUUCAGCCGCAAGCCACUAACCCCUUCCGUCAGUCGAUGAUGCCUACUGGUCAGAUGAAUGGUCUCAUGCAGUCGCAGCAGACUGCUCAGCCUCAGCAGCGUCAAUCGAGCAACCCAUUUGCAAGGCAGGCGCCCCAACAAGACUCCAUGCAGACUGGCUUCCAGCAGCAGCAGCAGCCAUUGCAAGCACAGCCAACAGGAACAAAUCCCUUCGCGAAACCAUCCCCUCAGACAUCGCAGCCGACAGGACAAUCGCCAUCAUUCCUCACUCCUGCCGUUACUGGAAGUACAAAUCCAUUCAGACAGUCUAUGUUUGUGAACCAGCAGACUGGUCAAGGCUGGCAGAACACUCCACAAGCAAGCAUGGGAGGAUGGGAGCAACUGGAGACCGUCCCUGUCUUCCCUCGACCCGGACAAUAG